ACGUGGCACCAUCCACAUCUUCUCUUUCGAUACCACCAUCUCAAUAUAAUUCCAUAUUCAGAUUCACUAAACCACCACCCCAACCAACCUUAUUUGCAAACAAACAAUGGCAGCUGCCUCCUCUACUGCUGUGGUUAAUGGGCUAGAAUCAACCUUCUUGUCAGGUGGAAAAAGGAGCCAGACCCUGCUGUCCCCACCCGUUGGCGGUGCUACCGUUGCGUCUGCUCCAAGGCGGUUUGUCAUCACAUCCGCUGUUGCUGCGAAGAAGUCCUGGAUCCCCGCGGUUAAAGGCGGUGGCAACUUGAUCGACCCCGAAUGGCUCGAUGGCUCGCUCCCAGGAGAUUUUGGGUUCGACCCGCUCGGUCUAGGAAAGGACCCGGCAUUUCUAAAAUGGUACCGAGAAGCCGAGCUGAUCCACGGGAGGUGGGCCAUGGCAGCGGUUCUCGGUAUCUUUGUGGGCCAGGCAUGGAGCGGCAUCCCAUGGUUCGAAGCCGGAGCCGACCCGGGUGCCAUCGCCCCGUUUUCAUUCGGGACUCUGCUCGGGACCCAGCUCCUUCUCAUGGGUUGGGUCGAGAGCAAACGGUGGGUUGACUUUUUCAACCCUGAGUCCCAGUCUGUUGACUGGGCCACCCCGUGGUCAAAGACCGCGGAGAAUUUUGCCAAUGCCACUGGAGAACAAGGUUAUCCAGGUGGCAAAUUCUUCGACCCCUUAAGCUUUGCGGGUACGAUCCAGAACGGAGUUUAUGUCCCGGAUACCGAGAAGCUUGACCGGCUGAAGGUGGCUGAGAUUAAGCAUGCAAGGUUAGCAAUGGUGGCAAUGUUGAUAUUCUACUUUGAGGCAGGACAAGGGAAAACACCACUUGGUGCUCUUGGGUUAUAAGGGGAAAGUGAUUGUGUAAUGUAACAUGUAAAUUUAUUUAGAGGAACGUUUAAAACGCGAAGCUUGGUUCAUUAUAUCGUGUUUUAUAUAUGUUUCUGGAUCAUGUAAAGUCGAUAGAUGGCCUGAGUUUUCUAAAUGAUUAAGAACUCCCAUCCAAAUAUCAAAUUACAACAGUAA